AUGAUACCUAACUCUUCUGCCGGCGGCCAAUCCUGGGGCCAUCCACUGCGUAAUGUCGAUAACGACACCGCACGUGGAGACACUUCCCAAGCUUUCAAUAGACCUGAUAUUCGGUCUGAGGGGCAACAGUAUACGCCUGCCCUGCCGCGGCAUCCCGGACAGCCGGCAGUUAUUGAUUUGACUUCGAGUGCGAACGAUGCGCAGGAAGGGCAACCCCCGGCAAAGCGACUGAAAUUGGAUAUAACCGCUGAAUCGUCUGCGAACCCCGCUAGUCCUACGCCGGCGACUACCGGAGAUUCGAGGGUUACCCCGGGAAUAGCAAAUUCAAAGCCUUCCGCGCUCUCCUGGCGUGGUCGCCCAGUAUGGUCGUUCCAGGCCAUGAUAUCGGAGGUAAUGAGCGGUGCGGAAGCUACGGAGGAGGAUGCUAUUUUGGCGCCCCAGGGUAAACGGCCAGCGUCGCCUCCCCCGUUUCCGCAGCCGUCCUGGAAGGGCGCGCCGCCAGAGCAGUUCGGGAGCAAUGCGACAAAGGCGUCAGAAUCCGACUCCUCCAAGAAAGUACAGACGACCCCAUUUCGUGUUGAAGUACCAUCUAUAGCGCCUGCUCUCAAAGGAGACAAAGUUGCUGAUUUUGCGCCAUGGAUCGGAAACCAUCCGGAGGAUAUCCUGAGCGAGCAGACGGUGAAACAGGGACAUUACGACCGUACGCAGGUCUCUCAGAACGAGUCCAACACGGCACGCCCAUCACUCUAUGCGCAAUUGAAGCACCGCUCCGGCUUACAAAUGCUCUCGUCUGUUUUCAUGGCUGCCCUGGAGAAGCGACAGAAUCACAAUACAAUUAAUGUCCCGUCGAACUUUAAGCCGCCGCCUCGCGUUACGCUGACGGAUAACAAACGAGAAGCUUGGCUCCGUGACCUCGCCAAUCCCUCUGUGCCGUUGCGCAGGCUGAGUCGCACGAUUCCUCAUGGUAUCCGUGGCAAGAAUCUUCUUGAUCAGUGCUUAAGCAAAUGGAUUCCGGUAAACCGAGCCGUAUGGCUUGUUAAAUGUGUCGGUGCCAACGAGAUUCGAGCUUGCAAGAGAAAGGGUACCGGCGGCACGUUGGUGGUAGGAUCCGAGGUAAAAUGGGUUCGCGACUGGACGAGCGGCGUACAGCAGUUCCUUGAAGGAGUAAUAGGAGCCUGCGGAUCUGCAGACUGGAAAUCGAAAAUGACUUACGCAACCAGCCUGACAGCUCGCCUAUUCUUUGAGCGUCUACUUGAUCACGACCAGUACUUUGCUUGGUUUCUAACCUCUUUGGAGGGCGCUUCACUCAACAUGGUUCCUGUUUGGCUUCUAAUGCUAGGUAUCUAUUGGGAUAACAUCGCUUCUACCUCCGUGGCCUGCCUGAAUGCUCUUGAAGACAGGCAAACUCUAGUCAUCAAGCUUCUUGAGUGGUCGGCGACUUCAUUUCGAUCUGGCUUACACCCUCAGCUGGACAUGGACAAUGUCUACCACAUUAUAUCAGAACUCGUCAGGUCUCAGACAUUCUCUGUCAGCAGAUACCUCCAAUGGCUUAUGGCUAAAGGUGUUGCAAGAAAGUCGAGUGGUACCAGUGGAGAGGUCCUGGCUGCUGACGCUCGUCUCCUUACUCAACUUCCAAUGAGUCGUUCACCAGAGCACGUCCGUAAUCUCCGCUUAACGCUUCUAGCUCGGGCUGGGGUAUCGGUGGACGAAGAAAGUUCUACCAUCAAAUGUCUAAAAUCCUCGAUAAGCCAGCGCCUGCCGAACAUCUUCGAGGUUGAGGCUAGCAACAGCAAACACAUAAAUUUCUCAAAGCAUGAUUUGACGUGGGCUGUCAAGUCGGAGGUCAGCAUGUGGAUACGCCAAGGGGUGGUAAAACAUUUAAAGGAUACGACUAGGAUCUCAGCCUUGACGCCGGGAGAGUUUUACUGCGUUCGAGAAAUAUUAGAGCGUUUUGGAGACUGCUCUAUCCUUGCUGAUGUGCUCAAGCAAGCUAUCGAAUGCGAUGACAAUAUAAUACUAGCAUCGGUCUCUGAUACUGUUAACUACCACUUUGACGCCUUAUCUAUGAUUGGCGCCACAUCGGAUUUGUUCAGAGGACUGGUUGGGUCUUAUGCGCGCCUCAAACGUUCCGGCAAUCUCAGCUUAGAUUUCGUCUUCUCGUUGAUUGAGCUUGGACUGCGACUUCCCGAUGAGUCUGGUACUGUUUAUCUUCUUCGCCAGGACCUCGCUCGGAUUGAAAGCAAGUCCGCACUAGCAGCUCCAUCUCCACUCUCGGAUCAUAUCCCAACAACGUUCAACGAAGUCGAUGCGUCUUUUCAGGAAAGGCUGGAGCAGCUUUUGUCUUGCGGCAAUGGCUUAGAUGAGUCUACAAUGGGCGCGAUUAUUAGCUCGCUUACCAAAAUUCUGACUGAUGGAGGCGGAGCAGCUAAAGUGUCGGCAAAAGAUGCCUGCAGGUAUCUGGCUUACCUGCGCCCGUUCAAUCCCAAAUAUCUCGACGGCAUGCUAGUAAGAUAUGUUUACGGACUCUUGAAGUCUUCGUCCCGGCCCACAAUGUCUCAAGUCCUUUCUCCUCUUAUUGGUGUCGGAUGUGUCACGAUCCAUAGCUUCGUGCUCUUGGUCAACAAGCUAUCGGCUUCCGCGCAAACGACAGGGGCGAUUGCCAACCCAGACAGUUUGCGGCUCGACAUUCUUGAGCUCCUCCUCCCUCAGGAGGAAAGCAGUGCGGACAUGGUCACCUAUCGCUUUCGCCUUGCGCAGCAAGAGUUUCUCGUCAAGUACCCCGAGGAGACUUUGAACAUAAUCAGUGACGCGAUUCCGUUAUUUGAUGCCGAUUUUCAUGACGCGAAUUUGGGAUCAAGGCGCCCCGAUCUUCCGGCAUGCACAGUAGUAUUGCUACGGACACUGUUGGCGCAAAACUCCAGUCUUGUUCUAAAGUACUGUAUGCAGAAGCUUGACGGGCACUCAUCCUUCACAACUGUUUUAGGAAAAGCAGUUGACAUUUUGCUGGGUCUAGACCCCGAAGACGAAAUGGAGCCCAGCUCACAGGCUGAGAGGGUCAUUCUCAUGAACAACGACUUUUCGCUCCCAUAUUGCCAGUUAAAACUGAAACUUUUGUUCAACGCGAAGGCGGGUAACGAGGUUAAGAACCACAUUGUCGAUGUGAUGUUCAAGGCAGCGGUGACAGACUCUCGUUCCAAAAGAUCCCAUUGGGUUGGUCUAGUUAGCCUCAUGGAUCAAGAAGCAGCUCGACAGAUUCGCGAACGAGCAGAAGGCUGCUUUUUCUCCGUCGCAAUGUUCGACGAAUCCAUGGAUGAUACGUCAUUGCCUUCUGGCGCUUCCAGUCUAAGUUCGAUUGAAAGCGCAAAACUAUACCUUAACAUCAUUGAGAAGCUGGCGUAUAGCAUUCCUCAAGCCGGUGUCCAAUCCAUACCCCCUCUUCUGGUGGAGAGGCUGGAUCUUCUGCUUCAGAAACUUAUCAUAAUGCAGAUAAACUCGAACAGCGUUGCCGCUUCAAGCUCGGGCUCAACCAUCGUGUCCAAGAUCAACUUCGAGCGAGCCCUCGCGUUUUGGUUCUCCGCACUCCUCAGGCUAAUUGUGCUUCAUCGUGCUGCUUUCAACGUGCCGCCAGCUUCGGGCUCUAAGGUUGAUAGCUUGCGGGAACAAACACGCUUGCUUGUAUCGAUCUUGUGCAUUUCAUUAGCACGACUGCCAGAAAACAUCCUUCGCCUCUUCCCAGCUGCCGACUAUUUUCCCCACACCAUACAAUCUCAUAAUUUUCGACCGUGUCCUGGGAUUUUGUUGCAAACUCACGCCUUGGAUGUCGCCGCGUCUUUGAUUGACUCGUUUCCAGAUGAAGCACGCCACCAGUGUGUGCGCUUUCUCAGAGAGAGAUGCCCUCCGUUCCUCAAAUUCCAGAAUGACCGCCGAUUUCUAUAUCUUCUAGGUCCUAUGACCGACACCACUAUUCCCAGCUCCCAACUCUCUGCCUCUAUAUCUUCUCCUGCUGCUGGCGGCUCUACUCCGACUCCAAUCCCAUCAGGAACUCUUUCUGGAGGACACUCAAGCCAGGCAACGCAACAAAUGGCUGCGCUCACCGGCCCUUUCUCCGGGCUAUCCGAGAACACGAAACUUGUCGCGGACCGUCUUCGCAUUCAGAACGGCGGCCGUAUCAAUGGGCCAUAUCCAGUACGGCCAUGGGAGCUUCUCGAAGAUGCAGCUCCGAUUCUCGGGGUGAAUGAUACCGCUGUGAGCCUUAAACUUUUUGACGCCAGGCGUGUCAGGGCUUAG